AACCUGAGAGGAACCUGUCUCUUUUCUGUGCCGAGCGUUUCCCCUCACGUGACGGGAGCCGUACGCCCUCUACAUUAUUGUAGGAGAAACAUCCACAGGGACACAAGGAGCAUGGGUGUCUUUACCUCAGGCGCUAAUAUCUUCCUAGGUCUCUGGGGGAUAUAUGUGUCUCCAAGAAGCCCUGGAUGGAUGGACUUUAUCCAACAUUUGGGAGUGUGCUCUUUUGUUGCUCUCAUUUCAGUGGGCCUCUUGUCUAUGGCCUUUUCCGGGUGUCUGUCCACAUUCAUAGCCUUUAGCUCCUCCUGGAUGGUCACUUGUGUUCUGCUUUGCUGCUCCAAGCAUGCACGAUGUUUCAUUCUCCUCUUCUUCCUUUCCUGUGGCCUGCGGGAGGGCAGGAAUGCUUUGAUUGCAGCUGGCACAGGGAUAAUAAUCUUAGGACACGUGGAAAAUAUUUUUCAUAACUUCAAAGGUCUCCUGGACAGUAUGACUUGCAACCUAAGGGCCAAGAGCUUUUCCAUACAUUUUCCACUUUUGAAAAAAUAUAUUGAAGCCAUUCAGUGGAUUUAUGGCCUUGCCACUCACCUAAGUCUAUUUGAUGACCUUAUUUCUUGGAACCAGACUCUGGCAGUCUCUCUUUUCAGUCCCAGCCAAGCCCUGGAGGCACAGCUAAAUGACACCAAAGGCCAAGUCCUGGGUGUCUUGUACCAGAUGGUGACGGCAACAGAGGUAUUGUCCUCCCUGGGACGGCAGCUCCUUGCCCUAGCAGGGCUUUUGCUGGUCCUACUUGGCACUGGCCUCUUCAUGAAGCGAUUUUUGGACCCUUGUGGUUGGAAGUUUGAAAAUAUCUUCAUCACUAAACAAUUUGUUCGGUUCGAUGAAAUGGAGAGGCAACUACAGAGGCCCUGUGUCCUCCCACUGAAUAAGAAGGAAAGGAAGAAAUACGUUGUCAUCCCAUCUUUCUGGCCGUCUCCUAAAGAGAGGAAGAACCUGGGGCUGUUUUUCCUCCCCAUUCUCACCCACCUCUACAUCUGGGUGCUCUUUGCAGCCAUAGAUUAUCUUCUGUAUCAGCUCAUUUUCUCAGUGGGCAAACAUUUCCAAGGCUUGCCAGGGCUGGAGGUCCACCUGAAACUGCACAGAGAGGAGCAAGGAACUCAAGACAUCAUACAUGACUCUUCCUUUAACAUAUCUCUGUUUGAACCCACCUGCAUCCCCGAGCCAAAGCUCCUUCUGUCUAAGACCUGGGUUCCUCUCAGCAUUAUUCUUGUGAUACUAGUGGUGCUGGGACUGCUGUCCUCCAUCCUGACGCAGCUUAAAAUCCUGGUGUCCGCGUCCUUCUACCCCACCGUGCAGACGGAGCGCGUCCGGCACCUGCAUGUGAAGCUCCUGAGGAAGAGGGCAAAGCAGGCACUGGGAGGAGGAAACAGUAAACAGAAUCUCUACUUUACAAAGAUUCACUUCUGGCUUCCAGUCCUGAAAAUGAUCAGGAAGAAACCAAUGGGCAUUGCAGGUGAAGACAAUCCAUGAGAGACUCCAAGCAGCUCCUCGGCCACACUGCUCCAGCGAUUCUCCUCAGGUCUGCUGAUGGCAGGUCUCCAUUUUUGCCCAACAGCAGAGAACUGUGUUGCAUGAUUCCUCAGGUGUUUGAGUUUGCAGACCAAACCACUUUUCUUCAUAAGGCCGAAGGGCUACCAGGUUAAUGGCUUUGUCAUCUGUCUUCCAAAGCACAUGAUUUGGACGAUGUCACGGUGUAACAGAAUUAUAACCAGACCCCUGGAGGAUGAGUCUUAGCAUGGAGUAGUAUUCAAAGAAAAAAAAAAAAACACACAGAACAAAAAUUAGAAAAAAAUCAAUAUCUCUACUGCUGACUUAUAGGCAAAUGCCAAGGAGAACAUAACACAUAUAAUGCCAGGAAAAUAUCUUUAACCUCUUCUGUCCCUUCUCUGCCCUUUUAAAUAUCUCUCAUAGCUAUUCACUAUACACAGAACUAUCUCCCUUUCCCCUGUUCCUAUUGAAAAAACAAAUCCUUUUUUUGAAACCCAUAUCUAGCAGCUCCUAAUUUCUCCUUACCACUACCUGGGCUCCUACCCUCUUCUUUCCUGGAUCACUUGUUUUUUUCCCCUCUUCUACCAAAUCCUCUAUUUGGUAUUUAUGACAGUGUUGCCUCAGGAGCACAUGUUUCCAAAUCACAGGAAAUGCUUGUUAAAUUGCCCAUCUUGAGCCACUUUCUUCUACGCUCAAUGUAGACUAUACAGUAUAUAGAGGCCUAUUUCCCCUAAACUCCAAACACCCAUGAGGGAAAAAAAAAACCUCCUGAAAUAUUGAUUCCAUUAUCUUGAAAGCUUUUAUGUUGAAAACUUUUCAGACUUACCGAAAAGUUGCAAAAUAGUAGAGUUCCAUUUACCUUCAUCCAUCAUCCCCAGUGUUAACAUCUUAUAGAAGUGUAGUGUAAUUAUACAAAUUUGGUAAACAAUCUUGAAAAAAAUGGAUAACGUGCAGAACUUAUUGAGUUCAUGCCAAUGGUCCCACUAAUAUUCCUUUUCUGGUCCCUGAUUCAAUACAGGCUCCCACAGUGCAUUUAGCUUCUUAGUCUCCUCCAGUCAGGGACAGUUCUUCAGUCUUUUUCUUUUAUGACCUCGGCACUUUUGAAAAGUAUUGGCCAGUAAUUUUGAGAAAUGUCCUUUGACUUGGGUUUGCUGAUGUUUCCUUGUAUACUUUCUCCAGAUAAUGUAUUUUCAGCAAGAGCACUACAGAAGUCAUGAUGUGGUCUCCUCGGUGUCCCCUUGUACCAGGGAGCACAUGGUGUUGACAUGUCUCAUUACUGAUGAGAUUACCUUUCAUCGUUUAGUUAAGAUGAAGUCUGCCAGAUUUUUCCAUGAUAAAAUUAAUGUUUUUCCCUUUGUAAUUAAUAAGUAUACUGUGGGGAAAUACUUAGGCUAUGCAAACAUCCUGUUUCUCAUCAUAUAUUGUUAGCAUCUGUCGAUGCAGAACCAUGGUGUGGCCAAACAGUGCUUUUCUUUUUUCAUAAUAUCUUCUAUAUUUCUUCACUGGACUUCUACACUAUCCUUAGGAAGAAACAUUUUUUUCAAAGCCUAAACUUUGUUUUGGGCACCAGAGCAGGUAUUUUCUUUCUUUCUUUCUUUUCUUUCUUUCUCUCUUUCUUUCUUUCUUUCU